AUGCUCCCUUAUCUUCCCAAUGUGGCGGAUUGGGUGUUUUUCGUGCUGCAAGUGCUGUGGAAGACAGUCCGUUUCUCGGAUGAAUCACUCCAAUGGCCUGGGUGGUGGGCAGAGCCACCACCUCGACUUUUGCCACCGAUGACUGAGGUGGGCAUUCAGGAAAUGCAUGUCCGACAGGUUUAUUGGGUGAGUGCACUUAUGCUCGGACCACCCCUCCUGUGCACCAUUUGCUUGCUCGUCCGCUUGGUGGCACUGUCCUGGCCUGGCCAUCAUGGGCAUCAACUCGAGGGCAGAAUUGCGCUUUCGGUAGAUGCUUCGGAUGACUCAGACGAUUCGAGUGCCUCGCCGUGCGGGCAAUUGCCCCAGAUGCGUUCUUUCACUGGCCUGCGGAUGGUAGUCGCGGCCUAUCACAUUGUAUGCAUUGUUUUGGUGCUUCUGGCAUUUGUCCGGGGUUGGCUGUCCCUGCGCAGCGGACUAGCCUGGGAGAUUUGGUUUCUGUGGCAGCAGAUGUGCUUGUGGACCCUUUUCUGCCAAAACUUCCUUCGGUGUUGCUCGCCAGUCGGCCCGGCAUCGUGGAUGGCAACUGCCAAAACCAUUCUGAUGUUCACAUUGCCGUUCUUCAGCGAGAUCUUCGACACCAUGAAGGAUUGGAUCGUGGCCGGCCAGUGCUUAAUGGCACCUCAUACGAUCCCAGGUUUCUUGUUCGGUGCUGCAGUUGUUGCAAUAGAUCUUCUCGCCUCGCUGUAUUUGGGUGUGCCUCAAUGCCUUCCGGCAUGGCCAUCACUCCUGCUAGUGCAAGGUUUUUGUCUCCUUCCGGUCCUGUUGCCCCUGUUUAUCUUUGCAAUAGGAAGCAUAUUACCGUUUGAUGAUGCGGGACCUUUCCUGAGUGUCGCACUGGCUCUGCUCGUAAUCGUCGUAAUCGUCCUUUGUGAAACGUUUCCGGCUUGCCCCAUGUUGGCACGCAUAGUUAUCUACUUGAUCGCAGUGUAUCUUGCGUACCUUGCAUGGCCAUAUACUGUUGACAACCCCCACCCUUUGGGCUCGUUGUCGUUCGUCAUUACACACAUCUUUGGUUUCAUGAAAGAUAUGUGGAUGGAUGGAAGCUGCUUAUGUGUGGCCUCUGCGUAUGUAAUCUUGCAUGCUUACGUGCUAGCUCUGCAGAGCACAGCAGCUGCGGAUGAUCUUCGCAAGACAUACUACGGAAUAAUUGCGCUCCCAUUUCCCACGGCAAGCGUCGAUGCGAGAUGUGCUGUGAAGCUGACGCUGUGGCUCGAGGACUUCGCUGUGGAUUUUCUCUCAUACGCUCGACUUUUGAUCGCUUGGGUUGAAGACUGGCCCCAGGGCUUUAUCGGCAUUUUCGUCGGCCUGAUCACUGGAUCCAGGUUCGCUUGGCUGUCUGCUCUUGUCAGCAUAGGCAAAGGUGUUCUGAUCCCCGCGGGUCAAGAGGCAGUUCUGCAGUGCAAGCGACGCCAGCUCCGCGACCGUUUGACGGACUUGAUAUGGCCGAAACCCGAGUGCUACGAAGGCUUCAAGAAGUGUGCCGCUAGACUUGCAGAGCAUGGCCAAGAUCUGAAGCUCAAUGCAAUUAGUGGGCUUGUCAAGGAUUGGCUCUUAGCCGAGACGAGUGAGAUUCUUGUUCAGUUGAACAUCUUGCCUGGCAAGCAUCUCUACAGUGGCAUGUAUGAAGAUCGUGGCAGAUGGGUGGAAAAAACCAUUGCCGGCAGAAUUGAGGCUGCUUUGACAGCGGGCACGAGUCUGGAUGCUUUACCUCGGGUAUCCGAAGAGUUUAUUCGAGGACGCACACAUACACGCCUAAGCCUUACAGACAAGUUUGUUGAGGUUGUCUAUGGCUUUUAUUUGGAGAGUCACAUGAGCAGGGUCACAGACCGCUCGGCGAACCUCCGUUACCUUCUCGGACAAGGGCAUCCAUCUAGGAUCUGCAGGCUCACGGGGUUUUCUCUCGACGAGUUUCUCGAUGCAGGCUUCUCUCCGCAUAUAUGUAAGGAAGCUGGCUUCAGCAUUGAAGAUCGCGUCAGCGCAGGUGUUCGACGCGGCUUUAGUGCGACUGACUGCAGGGCCGCGUGGCCAGAUGUCGAUGCCCAAACUCUGAGGAGAGUUGGGUUUGACGCACACGCUUGCAAGGCAGCCGGUUUUGGUUUGGAGGACUGCAAGACGGCAGGAUUUGAGAAGCAGGAAUGUAUGGAUUGUUGGCCCUCUAAGGAGGUGGAAGAGGCAUUCCGUCCAAGGAGUCCAAGGGGGCACUUCCCAGCUGCAUCGAGAAUAUGA